AGUUGCUUGUAUGUCAGGAAAUCAUUGAUUCUGGAAGAAAGAAACGUAUGCAAAGGAUCAGGAAAGAAUUUUCGGUGAUUUCAGUCUACGGACGCGUAGAUAUCUGCAAAAGACCGACACUUGAAAUAGUAGUAGUAGUAGACACAACCUCGAAUCCUUUUAUUUUUAUAGGUCUCACUGCUAAAUAAGACAAGACAAGACACAGAAAUAUGGAGAGCUCUAUUGGGUUCAUGACGGUCUUUGCCGUCUCCGGAAGCGUGGUGCUCCUUGUGGCUCAAUUACACAAACGUCUCCUCUCCUACCACAUGGAGAAGUUUGAACUUCAACUUGAUAUGAAGAAUAAGGAGAAGAAAAAGAAGAAGGUGAGUUUUGCAGAGGACGUGAUGGAGCCGUCAGUGAACAACGUAGAGUAUCGCCGGAAAACUCGGAAAUCAAAAUUGGAGGAUGGAAAAGGAAGAAUCCCACAAACGAGUCAAGUUUUAUAACAAAGUCAACUUUCAUUCAGCAAUCAGCACAGACAUUUAAAGUAUUAUUAUAGUUUUAUACAUUAAGUUUUCUUAUUUCGUGUUUUAAAAGAAAAAUUGUAAUAUAAUAGCUUUUUGAUGCCAAAAAAAAAAAAAUUGUAAUAGCCAUGAUCCCAAAAUUAGGAAGCAAGGGGAUUACAUAUC